UUUCGAUUAACCUCCCCCUCUCUCGACCCCAGACAUCUUCCCUUCGCUCAGCGCCUCACCAGCCCCGCACCCCAGGAAUUGAAAACCGGUCAUGGACGAGAGAGACAGAUUGCUCGGGAUCCUCCAGGAGCUGACAAAUGAAGAGCUCCGUUUGUUUGCUUUUUACCUGCCCCGCGACAUCCCAGGCGGGAGACGCGACACUACCUCCCGGGUGGAUCUAGCGGAGGUGGUCCUGCGAUAUUACCCCGAGGAAGCCUUAGAUGUCACCGCCAAGGUGUUAAACAAAAUGCGGAGGAGAGAUCUCGCCUUGGAACUUGAGGGCCAACUGAGAGGAGCGGGUCCCCGGGCUCAGAGGACCGAAGAAGAGAUCGAAGUGGCAGCCGCAGGUGAGCAGAAGGGCGACGCGGCUGCCGUGGCCGGGCUAGCAGACGGAGGUCCACAGAGGCCGAAGCACCACCCAAGCUGGUUACACAAGAACAGCUGAUGAAACUAGCCAACGAAAUGGGCAAGAACUGGAAGCAGAUUGGGAUUUCAUUCCUGGGUAUGAACGUUUCACGUCUGGAGCAGAUUGAAGAGGAUCAUCCAAGAAACAUGGUCAUGCAAGUUUUCAGCAUGCUGUAUGAAUGGAAGAAACAUGAAAAGGACAAGGCCACUGCAGGCCACCUGCAUAGCAUUCUUAAUCAGGAAGGGGUAGGACUUGACCCCAGUGUCUAUGCUUUUCUGAUAGAAUAAAAAACACCUGAAAAAGUUCUUGGAAGACAGGUCGCCCAACCUUGCAGAAAAUGGGCCUCACCAGCGUUCAGUGUCUGUCUCAUCAUCUGUGAGUGCUGCCAUUAAAUACCAAAUUUGCUAUUCAGUGUGAUGCAGUUGUAGGGAAUUUUUUAAACUAUCAGGGUGCAACAGGGUGCUUCAGAACAGGUGUGGGUAUGCUGCUGCUGUCUUCUUGACUGUAUAUUUUCCUGGAAUUGCAUGGCUACUGUAUGAGCCCAGGAAAAGAUGGUCCUUCUUUAAGGAAGUGACAAAGGUGAAGCAUGUGUGACCAUACCCCCUUC